AUGCGAGGACUGGACAACAGUACCUUCCAGUCUAACAUCCCACUGGCUGCUGACAUCACAGUGGGCGUGGUUUACUCCCUUUUUGGUGUUUGUUCACUCUGUGGAAACAGUAUGCUGCUGUACGUGUCCUACAAGAAGAAACAUCUCUUAAAACCAGCCGAAUUCUUCAUUGUUAACCUGGCCAUCAGUGACCUGGGCAUGACCCUCAGCCUCUACCCCCUCGCGGUCACCUCAAGCCUCGCCCACAGAUGGCUUUAUGGAAGGACAGUGUGUGUGAUCUAUGCCUUCUGUGGUGUUUUGUUCGGAAUCUGCUCUCUGACCACUCUCACUAUACUCAGCACUGUUUGCUGCCUCAAAGUCUGCUAUCCACUUCAUGGUAAUAGGUUCACUUAUGAGCACGGUCGUGUGUUAAUAGCAUGCGCAUGGGCCUACGCACUUGUGUUCGCAUGCUCCCCCCUCGCCCACUGGGGGCAGUAUGGUCCUGAACCCUAUGGGACAGCCUGUUGUAUCGACUGGGCCUUGUCCAAUCACAACUCAGUAGCCCGUGUCUACACCUCUGUGCUCUUCUUUGCCUGCUACGUCCUGCCGUGUGGCAUCAUCAUUGUGUCCUACACACGCAUACUGCUCACGGUCCGAGAGUCCCGCAGAGCGGUGGAGCAGCACAUCUCAGCACAGACGCGUAUGGGCAACAUCCAGGUCAUUAUUGUGAAGCUGAGUGUGGCGGUGUGUAUAGGAUUCUUCACUGCAUGGAGUCCGUAUGCACUAGUAUCAAUGUGGGCGGCGUUUGGCCAUUUUGAGGACAUCCCGCCCCUGGCCUUCGCCAUCCCUGCAGUUUUUGCUAAAUCCUCCACCCUGUAUAACCCUCUCAUCUACCUCUUGCUCAAACCCAACUUCCGCCACCUCCUCUGCAAGGACAUGCGCUCCCUGCGAGGGGUUUGCAUGCACUACUGCCUGUGCCAGUGUUUUCCCCACUGGAGCUACCGCCCAUCGCUAGCCCUCAGUCUGCGGCCCCUGCGGCGACGAGGCCAAUCCAUCUCAGAAUCAAUGGGGGGGCCCGUAGGUCUGUUUCAUUGCCCUUGCGAGAGGUGCAACGACCCGUUUGAGCAGUUUAAGCACUACCCACGCCGCUGUCCCGUCAACGUGAACACUGUGCAGUUGUCUCUGCAGGACAGCACCGAACCUGAAUUGGAGCCAGAGCCAGAACCUAGAGCGAUAAAAGAACGCAAACCAAAGAGCCAGUCAGUGGAGUGUAAGAAGUCUGUGCGGGUGAUUGUGAGGGGGCGGAAAUGUUCGGAGAUUGACAGUCUGGAGAUCACCUUAGAAACGGUGCCUGCUCACAGCAAAGCUGCCAAAAACGCCAAACCGUAA